AUGUACUCAAAACCACAAGAUAAGAAAGCAAAUAGUGAAACAAUGAGUAGCCCCAACAAUGUCUUUGAGGAGUAUGUUUAUUCUGCCAAAAAGCAAGCUGAUAAAUUCAAGAAGCUCAUUCCACUAAAUGGAUUCUAUCUCUUCCGAUUUUUGUUAUCUCCCAUUAUCACCGUCAUAACUAUCUUCUUUAUUAAUCUUGCUUGCAUCACUGUGAUGGACGCGAGUGGCAGUAGGUUCAUCUUAGUUAUAGUAGCUCUAAUAGUUUUGGCGCUUUGCUUCUUAAUUCAGCUUAUACUAACUAUCGGUAGUACUAUCGUUAGAUAUACCCUGCAGAACAAGUUAAAUGAGAUAACCCCGCCCAGUGCAUACGUACUCUCAAGAAUAUUUAAAGCGGUAGUGAUGUUGCUUCUGGGAUGCGCUGUUCUUGUCGGACUAAUGUUCAGUCCUAGCGUGGUAAGCCCAGUCAUUUGCUUUACUUCUGUUGUGGUCUACAUCUUGAUACGGUCCUUCCAGACAUAUUCCAUUUGGAGGAGCAUGCGAAAGGAGAAGGCCGAUGGCAUUCAGUUGUCUCCAGCCCAAAGAAAAGCCGCGCUCUUAGCGAUGCUUUUCCAAAUAACUAAAGUCGUAGUUGUUUGCUUGGUUCUGGUGGGAAUGAUCAUUGCUAUAACUCAACCUAAUGGUCUUAACUACUUCCGGCUUAGUGAUGAAGUAAAACAAGAGAUUUAUCGCAGCUGCGAACAAAUUCGCAAGAGGAUAGGCAACUAA